GAUGGUUUGAGCGCGAGCUCCAAGGAAUUGCCAGCAGGAGGCACACGCGUUGUAGCUCCGUUCCCAAGCAGUCGUCGGCAGAGACGGAUCCGCUGCGAGCGGGGGAUUUUUGGCGCGUGCCGUGGUAGCAGAGAAGGAGAAAGCGCGGAAGGAGGAAGCCGGCCGCCGCGGCACCGCCUGCGUCACGCAGCCGGCGCGGAAGGCAGGUACGGCGGCAGCUGGAAAUUCAUCCCGACGGUGUUGGUUUGCAGAGGCGCAUCGCCGGCGGAUUCCAUUCCCGUUGAUGCGUCGCCGCCGUCAAGCUCCCCCGCCGCACCGGUGGUCAAUUCACCGCGUAUCUUAUCUUACAAUACGAUUCGCGCACCAAAAGACGGGCAGCGGAUCGGGCCACGUCACCCGCUAACCUUCGAGCCGUCGGAUCCAGCCAAGACACAAUAUGUGCCGUCCGAUCGGGUCAUAGCGGGCCACUCACCCGUUAAGCUGUCAACCGGAUGGUCCCGAACCCGCAGGCAGGAUUGUGGGCGAAAACCACAACCCCAGGCGCUCCAGCCCCGGCGAUGGCGGGGUCCGGGGCGGACGCGGAGCAGGCGCAGAAGCGGGCGGCGGCGGCGGUGUACGACUACGAGGGCGACGCGCGCUGGUCCGGCUACUGGUCCAACAUCCUCGUGCCGCCGAACCUUGCCUCCCGCCCCGACGUCAUCGACCACUACAAGCGCAAGUUCUACCAGCGAUACAUCGACCGUGAUCUGGUGGUUGAGCCAAUGUCAUUCACCGGUUCCACUCAACAGAACAGGCCAGAUGUAAGGUCUUCAUCAUCGCCAUCCAAUGAGAAUCUCAGGGCUCGUAACUCAGCUGAGUCCAUUUCAUGUGCAGGAUCUACUUCGAGGUCAGCACCACCGCGGCCACCGCCAACACAAACGGAUAGUGCUGUCAACCCUUUACGGUUUGAUGCACGGACUAUACAUUUCUCCAUCAAUGCCUGGGUACUUGUAGUUGCUGGUCUGGGAAUGCUUCCAAUUCUUCCAAAACACCUUGCUGACAGAACUUGCAAACUUUCAUUACUGGGAACAAUAUUAUCCUCGGGAUAUUCUCUAUACAGUACUUAUGGGAAACCAAGAGCAUGGAACAUGCCAGCAAUUCAGGCUUGGUUACAGUCUGUACUUGCAACCAAGGAUUUUAUCCAUUUAAUGUUCUCUUCUAUGCUCUUCACAUCUCAAUUGCACUUAAAGAUUGCUGCACUACCUGUGCUCUGCUGGGCACUUGAUCAUGUAGCCAGAUUCCUAAAGCAUAAUUUCGCUCGAUCCUCUUUCUACACGAGAUACUUGGAAGAACCUUGUCUUUGGGUAGAGACAAACAAUACUACACUGAGCCUCCUUAGUUCAAAUGCUGAAAUCGCCUUGGACUUUCUCCUGAUCAUAUCAUUGUUCUCGUGGCGCCGUAGCAUAAUUCAGACGUUCAUGUACUGGCAGGUGAGUUAUCCUCCAAACAUUCAGCCUUCCCUUUUUGCAUUUCAUCUCUUAUUUCCAUGCACUGGAUAGCUGAGGGAUUAGUACGACGUCACCUGUGCUGUUUCACUGCAUGUGUUGAAGCUGAUGUACCAUGCUCCAGUGACAUCCAGCUAUCACCAGAGCGCCUGGGCGAAAAUUGGGAGGAUUGUAAAUCCAUACAUCCACCGCUAUUGCCCAUUCCUCCAGACACCCAUUUCUGCGAUCCAGAGAUGGUGGUUCAGGCAGUGAGAUAGGCGGGGAAAUUACAUAUGCUGCUUAAUCAUUGAGCCACUCCGGUCUUUUGAGAUGGUUAAACAAACAUAGCGUGUUGUUGAUUUCCUGUAAUGCAGCUGCGCACUGUAACCUUUGCAAGUUUGGACUUGCUGGAUGACUGAUAUCCCAGAAUUAUGGAGGGUGCUCAUCGUAGCCUGUAAACUCAGAGAGGCGGUGUACAUUGGUGCAGGAAUGAGUGGAUGACCAUGUGUGCUGAAUACAAUCUCAGCCUGGUUAAGGUAACUUAAUUUCGUCCUGCC